CAUACAAGUCGGCCAUAUUAGAGAGAUGGAAAUAAAGCUUCCUUAAUGUUGUAUGUGUAUUUGAAGUACAUCCGUGCAUUUUCUUUUUUAGCAUCUAACCAUUCCUCCCUUGUGGUCCUUGGUCCCUCAAUCACCCUCUCCCAUAGCCCACCCGCCUAACAUCACAGUCUCUGAAAAUGCACAGGGAUGCCUGGCUACCUCGCCCUGCCUUCAGUCUCACGGGGCUCAGUCUGUUUUUCUCUUUGGUGCCCCCGGGGCGGAGCAUGGAGGUCACAGUCCCCAGUACUCUCAGUGUCCUCAAUGGGUCUGACACACGCCUGCCCUGUACCUUCAACUCCUGCUACACCGUGAACCACAAGCAGUUCUCUUUGAACUGGACUUACCAGGAGUGUAAUAACUGCUCGGAGGAGAUGUUCCUCCAGUUCCGAAUGAAGAUCAUUAACCUGAAGUUGGAGCGUUUUGGAGAUCGUGUGGAGUUCUCAGGGAACCCCAGUAAGUACGACGUGUCAGUGACACUAAAGAAUGUGCAGCUAGAAGAUGAAGGCAUUUACAACUGCUACAUCACCAACCCACCUGACCGCCACCGUGGCCACGGCAAGAUCUACCUGCAGGUCCUUCUAGAAGUGCCUCCAGAGCGGGACUCCACGGUGGCAGUCAUUGUGGGUGCCUCCGUCGGGGGCUUCCUGGCUGUGGUCAUCUUGGUGCUGAUGGUGGUCAAGUGUGUGAGAAGGAAAAAAGAACAGAAGCUGAGCACAGAUGACCUGAAGACUGAGGAGGAGGGCAAGACGGAUGGCGAGGGCAACGCGGAAGACGGUGCCAAGUAACUGGCAGCCUGCCCUGAAGCCCCUCCCCAUGUCCUGUCUCCUAUCACUCUCUUGCCCUAUCCAGUGUGACCCUGCCUGCUCUCUCUUGGUGUGCUUCUCUUGAAUAGGACCCCAGAUCUGGGGCCUCACUUCCCAUCCCCCACCCCCAUACCAAGGGUGACCUCCCUCCCUUCCAUUUGAAAACUGCCUAGGUGUCCCAGGGAGAACUGAGAAGGGCUCCAGCCUGUCAGUCUUUGAGGAAGAAAGACACACGUGUGUGGUCCCAAAGGCAGGAUGGGGGAGGGAGGAUAAUGGGAGAAGAGAUCAGCUUCCCAUCUUGUCUAGGGUUUGGUCUGGUGUCAGUUUAAACUGUGGGGGUGGCAGCGUAUGUGUGGUGGUUCUGUGCUGACCAGAGGCGCCAUGGGAAGGACUCAUGGUGGCUUUGCUGUGUUCCUCUGGCUACUCCCAGCCCAGAACAGCCAUCAGGCUGGGGAUGAAAGUGGGGUCCUACCAUUUGCGGGGGCAUUCUUUAAAAACGUGACUGUGCAUUUCCAGAGCACUAAAAGAAAGCCAGGGCUGACACAUUCCUGGUCACGAGCCUUGGCCCAGAGGACUCUGUUCUGGCCUCAUUUCUAUCACUAGCCGCUUCCAGAGAGGCUCUGGUUCACUGUUGACUACUGCUCCUUUGGGGAUGCUGGCAGGAGCAGUACUGGAAAAGUGGCAUCGGGUAGGAUCAGACCUUGCCCUCCAUCAGGAGACCCGAAUUGAAGUCUGCUGGGGGACUGAGGAGUGUGGGUGAGGGUUUCGUUGCAUACUGGCUGCCUUCUCCUACAAGAUGGUCACUUUGGCUUCAGCCAACAGCACCCAGACUCAGAACUAGGGUGGGUUGGGCUGGUAUUGGGGGCACCUUCCUACAGGGCUUUAGUUUGGGGGUUUCUGGUUGCCCUUGGCAGGGUUUCCAUCUGGCUUUUGGCAAGAAAUAAAAAAGAGAAAGCUGGAAGGAAAUGUGAGAUCCUGCAGGAAGAGCCUUUGAGCCCCGCCCCCAGAACUCCCUUUGUAGGGGAGAAAGUCGCCCUCAUGGGACGCCAACUUUCACUGCCGUUUUAUUAUCUUGUAAGGAACUUGUUGAAGUCCAGAGAUGAGGAGGAAGGCAGGGUGGAAAUGGCUAAUCAGAGAGCGCAGUGUUGGGAGGUGCUCAGAAGAGAACUAGCCCAGAGCCUCCUAGAGAUGGAGAGGCUGAGGUUCCAAAUGACUGACAGAAGCUGAAAGCAUUGCCAGGUUCUGGCUCCUUGGUCCCCAAUUAGAAUAACUAGAGCCUCCUGGUGGGAGAACCUCAGGCCUAAGAGGUGUUUGUGUGUGAUGGUGGUGGUAGGGUUCAUCUGGCCCUGCCUCCCUCCCAGGAACUCCGCCCCUACUAGCUCAGGGAGUUAGCUGUCCAGGGUAGGAAAUGAAUGGUGGAGACGGGACCAUGACAGUCUCAGGGACCAAUACUUGCCUCUGCUUAUCAGAUAGCCAACCAGAAGAGACAGUGAUAGCAGAUGGGAGGUUCAGCUUCCUUCACUUCAAUUCAACAACCAUUUAUUGAGCCUAGGCUCUAUGCCGGGCACUGUGCUGGGUGCCAGGGGUGCAUACAAAGCCAUAACAGAGUCAGGGACUGCCAGAUCUGCACUGUAGGACCAAGGUUAAUUUUUUGGUGCAUCUACUUCCACCUCUGUAGCUGUAGCUUCCACAAGAGAGCCAGAGGAGAAAAGGAAGACAGUCUUGGGAAAGUAAGAGUGCAAAAGGAAGAGGGAAGAGACCACGGGGAGGGAUGCAGCAGUCAGGUAGGUGGGGUACAGAGUAGGGGAUGGGUAACCAGGCAGAGAACUCCUGGGUAAGGUGAAUCUAACCCUUCUGGAAGUUCUAAUCUCUUUGGCUCAGUAUCUAACUGCCAAUCAACACACUGCCUAAGCCACCAGGAUGCCCAGAGCAGGUGGGUACUGCUUAUCCUUCAAGCCAGCCCACUAGGGAUCGAGAGAUGAGUGGUGGGCACCUCAAGCCAUCUGAAACCAAGGGCAGUGGUACAGAGUUCUGCAGCUUGGAGUUAUCAGUUUUUGUCACCUUGCACAUGCCCUCUUGUUCCAGGGGCCACUGACAAGGAGCUUUGCUUUGGCUGAGACUCAUAACUUUUGGAUGGGCUACUUGUGAGAUACCCCAAGGUUUUUCUAACAGGCUGCCUCUUUAAGAAGCUGAAGCUGGGGUCUUUUUUUUUUUUUCUUCAGGUAUUUGCCCUCACAUGCACUUUCUUUUGGAGCCUCCUAGACCCUCUUUCAAGGCCUCCGGGCUUGAGUUUGGGAACAACAUGGGGCUUCUGUGAGGUGGGGCGGGAAACUGUGAGAUAUUCCUGCAGGAGCCAUUGCUCAAGCUUGCUUCCUAGCUUACGCCAGCAAACUGCUUGCUUGCUGCAGUGUGGGCUCUGAGCUUUGCUUCUGGCUGCAUGCUCCCACCACUGUGCUCCCAACCAUUCCUGCCUCUCCUGCCCUCCCAGAGCCCCCUCCAUGCUUCCCUUCUGCCUCUGCCUCCCAAUUAAGGGCCACCACAUAGAAAGACGGGCUGGCUUAACCCGUGGGAUUCAGUUUAUGAGAACAAAGCACAAUUUUUCAGGACUGAAAAUCCUUGUGGUGCCUUGGAACUGGCUUUGGAAAUAGCUGUCUGCCCCUCCAGUUGUGGGCUCAUCAGUUAUCCCCCGUUUAUAAAAUGGAAAAGCUGAUUGGGUCCAUGUUUCCCUAUGGGUCUCCUUGGGAAAACUGGGCUGCUAAAUAUCUACAAGAUUCAGUGAAGCAGAUAGACGGGUAGAAAUACUGGCCAGGUCCAGAGAAGUUAGUCCCAGGCCAUAGGAAUGGCUUGGCGCAGUUGGAACGGGUGAUAAAUAAAAAAAAAAAAAAAACUUUUUUUUUUCCUACAUGUGUCUUAAGGA